UUUGAUCCUGCAGAUCCUUCAUCCUUAUUUUAUUAUGACAUUUUGUUCACAGCACUUGUACCAGUUUUAAAAUUUUACGUAUCUUUAAGAUGGAUGAAUAUGUAAAAUCGUUCCUCAAACUUUGGGAGCUGGAGGAUUUGAUAACCAGAUUUGAAAUUGAGGAAGUUAACGAGAAGGCGUUCAAAUGUCUGUCGGACGAUAUUAUUCGGGAACUAAUACCUAAAUUAGGUAAAAGAGCAAUUUUCAAAAAAGCCUACCAAGAAUAUCGUGAUGCACUGGUAAGCGAUGUCCAGCCUGUUGUGAAACAGUCGACCGAUACUGUUCAAAAUGAAGCUUCGUCUGAAUCUCCCGUAGAAGUUAAAACAGAAAGUGUGGAGGAGGAAAAGGCUAAGGAAGAGGACAUCUCCGUUGACAUCAAAAUCGAAGUUACCGAUGACGACGAGCAUGUAGUGGAGGUUCUACAUCAUAAUUUUACGCCAAAACAGAAUGACGACUCGUCGACUCUGAACGUACAUUGCACCAAAAAUCCACAGCCUAAAGUCAUGAUUGAUCCUCUGGUUGAUUUUUCCGAGCAAGAUCUCAAAACAGCAGCCGAUUUACGCGCACUUGUUAAGGUGUGUCUUCACGAUCGCUUAAAGACGAGCACAUUCCUAACGCCCACCAAGCGGAGCAUACUAAGUGAAGAAAUUGUAAAGUUUCUGUAUGAUAAACAUAAAGGAGUUUUGAGCAACGAAAUACUGCAUGACUGGGCCCGAGCCGUGGAGGUGGUGUUCACUUCCGAAGUUACAGCAUUCUACUUUAGGCAAUCGGAAGAUGGAUCGCAGACUGCCGGCAAACUGAUCGAUUGCUACAGGAAAAUUAGGCGGUUGCGCAGUGGACAAGCGAGUGGUUGAAAAUAAAGUUGGUUAAAUAUUUGAA